CUUUUCGUGACGCAGGCAAAAACAAGAAUAGGUUUAGCAAGGGUUUAAGGCGGCCACUCUUCAUCACUUUGCCUCCUACACAAAUCCUCAAAUUUUGUCAGAUUCUUUCAUCGCCACUCCUAGAUUCACCCCUUCGCAUCCAUCUUACCAAACAACCAGAGAGUUCUUUCAGAUCCUGGUAUUAGUUCGAUCUAUCUCUCUGCAAAUUGUAUCAACCGUGUACAUAGUUAGAAACCCAUUAAUUUUUCUGCAAAUAAAUCACUCCACUCUAGCAUGUGGAGAAGCGUAUGUAACCGAGCUUCUGUCAAGAAGCUGAAAUCAUUCGCCGAUAAAUCUAAUUUUAGAGAUACCUACUUGUUCGAAAAACCUAGACAGUUAGAGCUUCACCCAUAUCGACAUCCUUCAUAUGGAGAACGGGGUUUCCGGCGAAUCAACGUCUUGGGUGAUUCCGGUUUCACAAAUUUAGGGGUUUCUUUAGGUUUAUUACAUCGGUCUUAUAAGGGCUAUGCCAGUUCCGCCGCAGCUGAGGAGAUUGUUUCGACAGAAGAAGAAGACAGCGAUGAAAUUCGUGAAAUGGUACACCAUUUGAAUAAAGAAAUCAAAGCAGUGGAAACGAAAACUAAUAGCUCCGAUCACAAAAAGCAGCCGAGAUUAGUCAACGGAAUUGGGCAAGGGAAGUACAUUGCACUCAGGAGACGACAGAUAAAGAUAGAGACAGAAGCAUGGGAGAACGCAGCAAAAGAGUAUCAGGAACUUUUAGUCGACAUGUGUGAACAGAAACUCGCUCCCAAUCUGCCUUAUGUGAAAUCCUUAUUUCUUGGUUGGUUUGAGCCAUUGAAGAACGCCAUUGCUUCAGAGCAGGAUUUAUGCAGGGAAGGUAGGAAUCGAGGAGCUUAUGCCCCACAAUUCGAUCAGUUACCUGCUGAUAUGAUGACGAUAAUUACAAUGCACAAGCUAAUGGGUCUGUUGAUGACUGGCGGAGGUCAGGGUGGUGCUAGGGUGGUCCAGGCAGCUCUGCAUAUCGGUGAAGCUGUUGAACAUGAGGCGAGAAUACACAGAUUCAUGGAGAAAUCCAAACGAAAGGCUUCAUUAAAUGAGAGCCCUGAUGAUGAUUCAGAAACUGUAAACAACGAGCAACAAUUACAGAAAUUGAGGAAGAAAGUAACCAAUUUAGUUAAAAAGAAAAAGUUGCAGCAAGUAAGGCACAUAGUAAAACAACAAGAUCAGUUGAAGCCAUGGGGUCAGGAUGCUCAAGUUAAGGUUGGUUCUCGUUUAAUCCAGUUGUUAAUGGAGACUGCUUAUAUACAACCUCCUGUUGAUCAAUGUGAAGAUUGUCCUCCUGAUAUUAGGCCUGCAUUUGUACACACUCUUAAAACUGUGGAAACACCGAGAGGAAGCAGAAGAUAUGGAGUUAUUGAAUGUGAUCCUCUUGUUCGAAAAGGACUUGAGAAAAGUGCUAUGCACAUGGUGAUUCCAUAUAUGCCAAUGCUUCUUCCUCCAGUGAAUUGGACCGGAUACAACAGAGGAGCCUACUUGUUUCUACCAUCCUAUAUAAUGCGCACACAUGGAGCUAAACAACAGCGUGAUGUAGUUAAAAAAACACCAAAGAAGCAAUUGGAACCUGUUUUUGGGGCACUUAAUACACUUGGUGCUACAAAAUGGAGGGUAAAUAGGAAAGUUCUUGGUGUUAUAGAUAGAAUCUGGGCUAGUGGAGGACGUUUAGCUGACUUAGUUGAUCGUGAUGAUGUUCCUCUACCCGAAGAGCCAGACACAGAUGAUGAAAUUGAAAUUAAAAAAUGGAAAUGGAAAGUUAAAACCACUAAAAAGGAAAAUAGAGAAAGGCAUUCACAGAGAUGUGAUAUUGAAUUGAAAUUAGCCGUUGCUAGAAAAAUGAAGGAUGAGGAAGCUUUCUACUACCCCCACAAUCUUGAUUUCCGUGGUCGUGCAUACCCUAUGCACCCUUAUUUAAAUCAUUUGGGCUCUGAUUUAUGUCGAGGUGUUCUUGAGUUUGCUGAUGGUCGACCUCUUGGAGAAUCAGGUUUAAGAUGGUUGAAGAUACAUCUAGCAAAUGUCUAUGGUGGUGGUGUGGACAAGUUGUCCCAUGAGGGUCGAAUGAUGUUUGCAGAGAAACAUUUGGAUGAAAUAUUUGAUUCUUCAGAUCGACCUCUUGAAGGAAAGAGAUGGUGGUUGGGUGCAGAAGACCCUUUUCAAUGCCUGGCGACAUGCAUGAAUCUUUCUGAAGCUUUAAGAAGUUCUUCCCCUGAAACCGCCAUUUCCCACAUACCUAUCCACCAGGAUGGUUCGUGUAAUGGCUUACAACAUUAUGCUGCACUUGGAAGAGACAGGUUAGGAGCAGCUGCUGUUAAUCUUGUUGAAGGAGAAAAGCCAGCCGAUGUCUACUCUGGGAUUGCUUCCAGAGUGAUUGAGAUUAUGAAGAGAGAUGCAGAAGGCGACCCCACAACCGAUCCAAAUGCCAAACAUGCACGCAUGUUAGUUGACCAGGUGGACAGAAAGUUAGUUAAGCAAACAGUGAUGACAUCAGUGUAUGGUGUGACAUAUAUUGGUGCUCGUGACCAAAUUAAAAGAAGAUUAAAGGAACGUUGUUCCAUUGAAGAUGAUGCUGAGUUGUUUGCUGCUGCUUGUUAUGCUGCAAAAACAACUUUAACUGCUUUGGGGGAAAUGUUUGAAUCUGCAAGAAGUAUUAUGAGUUGGCUUGGUGAUUGUGCAAAGGUUAUAGCAGUGAAAAACAAUCCAGUACAAUGGACAACUCCUCUUGGACUUCCUGUUGUUCAACCAUACCGCAAGUUAGGAAGGCAUCUUAUUAAGACAUCUCUUCAAGUUUUGACACUACAACGAGAAACCGAUAAGGUGAUGGUGAAAAGACAAAGAACAGCCUUUCCUCCUAACUUUGUCCACUCUCUUGAUGGGUCCCACAUGAUGAUGACAGCCAUUGCUUGUAAAGAGGCUGGCUUAAGUUUUGCAGGAGUGCAUGAUUCGUUUUGGACACAUGCUUGUGAUGUUGAUCAGAUGAACAAGAUUCUUAGAGAAAAAUUCGUUGAACUUUACGAGGCACCAAUCCUAGAAAAUCUGUUGGAGAGUUUCCAGAAGUCGUUUCCAAAUAUGGAAUUUCCUCCAUUGCCAGAAAGGGGAGAUUUUGACCUAAAAGAGGUUACUUCUUCCUCUAUUCUUCAAUAUCAAUUAUUCAUACUCAAUCUCCAUCCCCAAUUUCAGUUGGAUCGUCACUUUUUCUUCAACUUCUCCUUAAAUCGGAGACGUAAAAUCUAUUCAGAUGGAUCCAUUGAAAAUUAGUUAAAUCGAUCAGAGGUUGUUUGAAGGUCGGAGCUCUCACAGAUACAUACACACAUAAGACGAAAUAGGUUUUGAGCAUAUUCGUGAUUGAGAUCGGAGAACUUUAGGAUGUACGGAGAAUUAACUGGAAAAAAGAAGAAAUGGAAAAAGAACCAGUACAAAUCGUGGUGCCUCAUGGUGGUUGUCGUUCUGAAAGGAUUUCACUAAUGAUCUAGAAAAUAUCAUAAAGUUGUUGUGCUGUAAUCUGUAUGUUUUCCCCUGUAUUUUUUUUAGUUACAAAAUGAAUGGAAA